GCCGGAGGAGGGGCUGGAGUGGCCGAGCGGGCGGAGCGCGGCGACGACUGAGCGCGGAGAGCGUGACGACACCACCGGGGCUGCUGGAGCCGCCCCCCAGGAGGAGUGUGAGGAAGAAAUGGAAUGAUGCGUGUGAAGAGUUUCACUUCUCACAACCUGGGCGGGUCCUCCUUCCUGGAUACUGGCCCCCACUCCAUAAGGAUUUUCCACACCACGAUGUCCCGGCCCGGCCCCGGGGAGCCCCGCUUCAUCUCCGUGGUCUACGUGGACGACACGCAGUUCCGGCGGUUCGACAGCGACUCUCCGGGCCGGAGCUUGGAGCCGCGGGCGCCCUGGGCGGAGCAGGUGGAGCAGGAGAAGCAGGAGGAGUGGGACGAGGACGCGCGGAUCCUAAGGGAGCGCGCACUGUGGUACCGAGCGCGACUGGACGCCCUGCGCGGCCUCUACAACCGGAGCGAGACCGGGUCUCACACCUUCCAGAUGAUGUCUGGCUGCGACGUGGGGCCCGACUGGCGAGUCCUCCGCGCUUACAGACAGUACGCCUACGAUGGCGCCGAUUACCUGGCCCUGAACCCGGACCUGCGCUCCUGGACUGCAGCGGACACGGCCGCUCAGAUCUCCCGGCGCGAGUGGGAGGCCCUGGGUGAGGCAGAGAGAUUCAGAAACUAUUUGGAGUACUGGUACUUGAGGUGGCUGCGCACAUGCCUGGAGUACGGGAAGGAGACUCUGCAGCGCACGGAACCCCCAAGGACACGUGUGACCCACCACCCCACCUCUGAGUAUGCGGUCACCCUGAGGUGCUGGGCCCUGGGCUUCUACCCUGCGGACAUCACCCUGACCUGGCAGCGAGAUGGGGAGGACCUCACCCAGGAGAUGGAGCUGGUGGAGACCAGGCCUGGAGGAGAUGGAACCUUCCAGAAGUGGGCAGCUGUGGUGGUGCCUUCUGGAGAGGAGCAGAGAUACACGUGCCACGUGCAGCAUGAAGGCCUGCUGGAGCCCCAAGUCCUGAGAUGGGUGCCCCCUCCUCAGUCCUCCAUCCUCACCGUGAGCAUCAUUGCUGGCCUGGUUCUCCUUGUUGCUGUGCUCACUGUAGCUGCAGUGGUUGCAGCUGUGAUGUGGAGGAAGAAGCACUCAGGAUUAAAAGAUUCCUUUAGGUCUUCUGACCUGACUGCUCCCUGGUCUCCCAUGAUGCUUCUUCCCACAGUAGGACAAGGAGGAAGCUACACUGAGGCCGCAGGCAGCGACAGUGCCUAUGGCUCUGAUGUGUCUCUCAGCCCCUAAGGAUCUUUUACAAUGAACCCGAUGAGGCUCCUGUUGUGCGCACCCUGGGCAGCAGGGUGAUGGUGUCACUGUUGUUCUUAACUGUGAUAUUGAGCAUUUGUUCAUAUAUUUAUUUUUCUAUGUCUACAUAAGUUGCUAUGUCUAUAAAUAAUAAUAAAUAAAAUAUAAUAAAUAAAAAAAUUUAUUUAUUCAUGCAUACAAGAAAUGGGGUACAGGCCAGAUGCACGGGAGGUGAUCAGAUUCACCAGAGACAGAGUGGGGAACAGAACAAGCAGACUGAUGAAAUACACUGCUGAGGGGAGCAGCGGGUGAGACAGGAGAGGUCUGCCGCACCAUGUGGGAUUCUUGCCUGCUGGCCGGGAUCUAACCUACACUGCAGAUGCUGCGGACAGCCUCACAGUGCUGCGCUCAACCACCAGCGCCACCAAGGGAGGCCUGGAAGUCAAUUUUUUUUUUGCUAUAUUUAUAACACUGUUUUUUUGUCCUUAUUAAAAUUGGGUUAUAUCUUGCUGAUCAUUGAGUUUUAAGCAUUAUUUGUAAAUUCUUGAUACAGUGCUUUAUCAGUUUUGUAAUAUGCAAAUGUUUCUCCCCACUCUGUGACUGAACUCCUUUACUGACGGGAAAGCAAGCAUUAUUGUCCAGACAGAAGCAUGGAUAUAUUUUUUUAGAAAAGAAAAGAUAAAUUUCUAAUUGGUUUUGAGCAGAUACUGGCUGACUGGGAUGUUGGGGGAUGGAAGGGAAUGACUGACUUAUGCAUAUCCUUGAGUGUUAUUUAAAUGUUCUUGCAUGAGCAUGAAAUAUGCUUUCAAAACUAAAUUACACUUCAUUCCUCAAUUUAUAAAACUCUUCACACAUCAUGUCCAAAUCACGUAUUAAGAUCAGACUGGCACGUGGGCUACAAGUGAGGGACCCGCACAUCAUAGUUGCACAGUCAUGGUUUCUCUCAGGGGUCACCCUGGUGUUGUUCGUUCUGUGGGUGUUGGACAAAUGUAUAAUGACCUGUGUCCAUCAUGAGAAUAUCAUGCAGAGUAUUUUCACUGUCCCUAAUGUCUUCUGUGCUCCAAGGAAGCAAAAGCAAAAAAGAAACCAAUGGAAUCACAUGAGACUAAAAAGCUUCUAUAUAGUGGGGGAAACUCAUUAAAAUGAAAAGACAAUAUCAAGUUGCAGAAAAUAUUUGCACACCAUCAAUCCAAAAAGGAGUUUGCUGCAGGAGGCCUUGUUGCUCCAGCCAGAUAGGAUGCUGACAAGCAGCUAAGAGAAAAGGCCUCACACCGUGCGGCUGAAGAUCUGGCAUCCCUUUGCUUUUUGUUCUUGGUCAUAGAGAGAGAAAAAUUUAUCAGAAAGUAUAUUAGGCAAUAAAUUAUAUGUAUCAGCAUACUGUAAGUAAAUAGCACGAAAAAUUGUUUGUUUAGAAAUUAGUUGUUGGGCAGUUUGGCCCACUUGACAAUGGGAGAUGGUUUGUUGAACAUGCCUGACAAGCAUUACAAUACAAUAAUUAUAGUGGGUCCUUCUUUUGCCUUCCCUUGAAGUUUCUUGGGGAAGUUUUUAAAUGAAGCUAUUUGAGUUAGGAGUUUCUAAAUAAAAAAAGUUCUGAUAGCUGAGUAGCAGCCAGCUCCUGCUGUGAAGGCCAUGAGAAUAAAAAAGGUCUUUUCUUGCUUAGGCUUUGGCUGAUAGGGAUGUACUGGCGGCUAUCCACUGUCUUAGGUUAUUGUUUGGUUGAAACAAUGAGUUCUAGUGUAAGGCUUAGUUUUUUAUUAGCCUUGAAGGUUGCCUUCUUGCUGAGAGCACGUAGUGGCCAAAAGCCCAUAGAAUAAGAGAUGCACUGAUUGUUUCUGCUUUGUUUCUGUGCACAUGAUAAUGUCAUCUCACUGCUUGCAAAAAAUGUAUAAAUAAAGAACCUGCUGAGCCUCUCGGCAGAAGAUACUAGCACCUCACCAAGUGUCGGUGUCUCCUCAUUCCCUUCCCCUCAGCCCCUAAGUUUCAGUCCUUUCGUUUUCGCCGAGGCCGUCUCAUCCUUUCAGGAACCCCUGACACGACAUUUUGCCGGAGGCUGGUCCCCGGCAGGAGUUACUAUCCAAGACCUACAAAGAACUGCAAAACAAGAAAACAACUCAAUAAAAACAGGGCAGAGGAGCUAGAUGGAUACUUUUGUAAAGAAGACAUACAGAUGCCCAAUAGGUACAUGGAUAAAUGUUUGUCAUGUGCUGUCAGGAAAAUGCCAAUUAAAACCACAAUGAGUUACCCCCUUACACCUGUGAGAAUGACCCACUGAAGGGUGUGGAGGAAAAGGAACUCUCUCUGGUACAUGGUGGGUGGGAAUGAAGUCUGGUCCUGUUAGUGGGCAGAAUGAGGGUUUUCCAGGGUUUCUCAAACCUGUACACUCUACAUGGGAUCUGCCAUCAUCUGAAUUAAGACAAAACAUACUCUAAAGCCUAAGACCUUCAAUAGAAAAGAACUUUAAUACAAUUAGUGUGCAAUAGAGAGAAGAGAAAGAAUAUAGUUAGAAUAGUUCCCAAGUGAAGCACCCAAAGCUACCCGUCCCCUCAUGGG